UACGAUAAGUAUUUAAAGGGCAAUUGUUGCAUGAUCUAUUCAGUAUAGGGUGCAAUCUAUAAUUAACCCAAAUAUAUGGGGUUUGGAAUUAAAUACAUUUGUGUUGUACUCGGUAUCCAAGAAAGAAAACGUUAAAAAUCGAUAUUUAAUUGGAAAAAAGUACCACCCCAUUUAAAACCCCCUCAUCAGUCAUCACUUAUCAGUCUCUCUCUCUCUCUAGAAUAGUAGCACUAUCACCAUCUCCACAGUUCGCAGUAGCCUCCAAUGGCGGAGUACGACCGCCCCGCCACCAACAGCAGCCACCACCACCACCACAACCACAACAUGAUCCCAAAAGAUGCAGCCCUGCAAGCACUGAACACAAUAAUCCAGCUCCACUUCGAGAAAACCCUGGAGAAAAAACGAGCUGUUGACCUCCAGAAAAAGGAGCUAUGGAAACUCUUCCAUCUCUUCUUCCUGUUCUUGGCCUUGGUGUUUUUAGGUCAGGCCCAGUCAACUCGGCUGCAGUGCCGCCAUUGCUGGAUGCCCAUUGGGCUUCUGUCCAUGGCCCACCUCAUCUUCUACGUUUCUGUGGCCCAGACCCUCCGCUGCAUCAACGGCUUCAAGUAUCAGCGCCGCUGCCACAAGUUGACCCUAGGGAUGGCGACGGAGCGGCUGAGGCAUCUCAAGAUGCGGCUGAGCAGCGGCGGCGUUGUGGAUGAGAUGGGUGAUGAGUUGGAGAUACAUUAUCAGGAGCCACCUGAGAACUAUUUCGGUAAGUUCAAGAGGAAUUGGGCUCUGCAUUUUGGUUUCUUGAUCUUCAUUUAUGGCUUCAUGGUUUCUUCCUCUGUUGUUCUUCUUUGUUUCUAGCAUCUAGCAUCUAGUCUUUAGAUUUAGAACUGUUUAAUUUUAUUUUUUUUUAUUGUUUUCAAAUUUUUGGUGGGCCUGUAAUGGAUCUUUGCUAUUAUGUGUUUGAUUUUUUUAGUGGUGAAGGGCUCAUUGGUUCGGAAGAAAAUUGAAAUUCAAUGGAAAAUUUGAGUUGUUCCUUUGA